AGGAGAAGUUUUCUGUACCACUUCAGUGUAAAGAUAAUGGUGAUGCCAGUCAUCCAUUUCCCACAUCAGUCAAACACAGUUUCCUUCUAUCAUCUGUCUGCCCAAUACAUUUACUGGGCAGAGAUCUGAUUCUCCGGUUGGGCUUAGACCUCAUUUCCACAACUGAGGGUCUCGUAGUCCGACGGCCAUCACCUGCGAUGGUUCAAAAACUUUCAUUUGAUGAUAAGGAUCUGUUGAAUGUGUGCGAAUGGCAGCUAACAUCUCCUGAUUCUCAGGAGUUGUUGCGGUUGACUCAUCAGCGUGUUUUUCCACCUGCGGUGUUCAUGGAGGCUUCUCAUUUGCAUUGUACUGCUAACGUUGUUGAAGAUCAAUGUAAACAUUAUGAAGAGAAUUUUCUGUUGGAAUGUGUGAAUGAUGAGCUCAUGCUUAAAGCUAUGUAUUGGAGUGCGCUGCACAGUGCUAUUUCUGUUACACUCACACCCACACAACACAAGCUGUAUCAAAUCCCAGGGGCGGUCCCACACAUUUCACUAGCCAGGGGGCCCACUGAUAGAUGGAGGGAUUUGGGUCCAAUCGUUAAAGACUGGGAAUAUAUUACUGAUUGGACUAUCACUGAUGACCCAUUAAUUGAGUAUUCCUCAUCAGGUGACGUGUUUAAGUACAUCAUUAACUGCUCAGUUCAUGCACUGCGUUCUCUGGUUCCCACAGGCAAUGAUGAUUAUGUUAACCCUGGUUCUAGCCCAUCUGACCUGGAGUUCUCAUGUUUCACUCAUGUUUCUGAUCUCCCUGCCGCGUUAGAAGAAGUGCCUAUAACGCUGUGGGCUGCUCACAAAUAUGAUGUAGGUUUGAUCCACUCAGCUGAGCCUGUAGUUAUCACUCCUAAAUCCACGUUCCGCCCUAAUCAACCACAGUACCCAUUGAAACGUGAAGCUGUUGAUGGCAUUAGGCCAGUUUUUACCUCUCUGCUUAAACAAGGGGUUAUUAUUCCAUGUAAUGACUCCCCGGUACGCACUCCAGUGUUCCCUGUUAAAAAGGUCCGGGACAAGCCUCCGGAUGAAUGGAGAUUUGUCCAGGAUUUACGAGCUGUGAAUGCGGCUGUUCAUGCACGUGCACCGCUCGUUCCAAAUCCUUAUCUGAUUCUUUCCCAAGUGCCUGCCUCUGCAGCAUUUUUCACUGUGAUAGAUCUCUCAAAUGCAUUUUUCAGUGUUCCUGUACACAAAGAUAGCCAAUUUUGGUUUGCAUUUGAAUAUGAUGGUAAACCUUACACAUUCACAUGUUUGUGUCAAGGCUACUGUGAGUCCCCUACUGUGUACAACCAAGCAUUGUGUACAAGUUUGGCCUCUCUGCAAGUUUCAAAAGGCACUGCACUCAUACAGUAUGUCGAUGACAUUAUGAUUUGUGCACCCACAGCUGAACAAUGUGAAGUUGACACUGUUGCUUUGUUAAAACACCUCGCAGCGGAGGGCCACAAGGUCUACCUGAUCACACUAAACCUUUCACUCAGGCAGUGGAUGAGCGAGAUGGGUGUAUGA